AUGGCCACACUCUUCCGCCUCUCCGCUCUCGCCUACCUCUCGCCGCCCUCAGCCGCCGCCACAGGCAUCCGCACACAGCCGGUCUCCGCCGUUGCUCGCUGGGAUCCGAGUGCCGACGCCGACGCAAGCGCGGCCCGGCAGCUCGAGAUUGAACCGCUCGACGCGAGCAAUGCCAGGCUGCUCGACGCGGUCCACCCUCGACGCUGGACGGACCCGUCGCCGCCCGAAGUGUACGACCUUGUCGUCAUUGGCGCGGGCGCGGGCGGGCUCGUGUCGGCCAAGCAGGCGGCGCGGCGCGGCGCUCGCUCCUGCCUGAUCUCGGAGGCGCUCGCCGGCGGCGACUGCCUCAAUGCGCUGCUCCGCAGCGCGCGCGCCGUGAGGGAGGUGCGCCGAGCAGAGGAGUUUGGAGUGCGGCUCUCGGCGCCUCCGGCGGUCGACUUUGCGGCCUUCGAGAGCUGGCAGAAGCACGUGCCGGCGGUGAUGCAGAGGCUGAGGGCGAAGCGGGCGCAGAUCGCUCCCGCCGACUCGCACGAGGGCACCAACGCGGCGGGCGCCGACGUGUACCAAGGGCGAGGCCGCUUCACCGGCCGCAACACUGUCGAGGUGAACGGCAAGGUCCUCCGCUUCCGGAAGGCAGUCAUCGCAACAGGAGGGCGCGCCGCGCUGCCGCCCAUACCCGGGCUGGAGACCGCGCCUUUCCUCACCAACGCCAACCUGUUCAACCUCGACUCGCUGCCGCCCCGACUCGCCGUCCUCGGCGCCGGCGCUGUGGCACUGGAGAUUGCGCAUGCCUUCUCCGCCUUCGGAUCGGCAGUCACCGUGCUGGCGAGGUCG